UAACCACGACGAGUGCCCACAACCCCUCCUCCGCUCUCAGCUCACAGUCUCCCUCUUUCUUUUUUUCUUCUCUGCUGUGGACCAGUUUCUCUCUUUGCUCUCCUUCACUUCCACACUGCAACUUCAGAGGCCUUCCAUCUAGAUCUCUGCACGUUUCUUUUCAGUAAUUUUUUUUUUCCCCCGGGAGUGGGGUCACGAGGGUCCCUCUGGAUAAGCGCCUUGUGUGUUUGACGCUGUGAGAACAUCUGGUUGUCGUCCUGUCAUCAUCAAACCAAGGAACCAGACUUGACCGCCAUGAAUGUUCAGCUACUGCUCCUGUUGGCCUUCUGCGCCUUCACGCAUGCGGGCCCCACAGUCUUCCCAACAGACCACGACGUUUGGCCGACUCGCUCCUUAGCAGACCGUACCCAUGAGGCCACAGAGGCCGGCACAGAGCUUGACGUCAUCACCGGUCCUCCGUCAACCCACCCAAUGACGGCCGAACAGGAAGAUGUGGUGGGCGUCACGACCGAGGCCCCCUUUCCUCAGGCGACGCCCGGGACUGAGGAGCCCACGGUCGAGAGUGAAACCACCACUUCGGUUGCUACCGUGGCUGCCGAACCCCUUACCACCGAGUCCCCUGCUGUGGAGAUCAUCCCCACGGAGGCCCCCGAAGAGGCUGAGAUCAUCCCCCAGUGGACGGAAACUGUCAAGGUGGACAUGCCAGAUGAGGUGGUUGUUGAAGAUGGUGCAGAGGAAGGCCUGAGCUCGGGCCAGGUCGUCGGCAUUGUGAUUGGCGCUCUGUUGGCCGUCGUCAUUGUCAUCAUCGCGGUGAUUGCUGUCGUGAGGAGGAUGGGAAAAUACUCCCCCUGAAGAAGAAAAAGACGAAGGCGGCCAAGCAGCAGGAGCCGUCAAAGUUCUGGAAAUUCUGAACUACUGAACUGUGACGUCAAUUUACAAUCAUUGAAACAGCAACCGACGAAUAAAUUUAACACCAGAACUUCAUGAUUCUAAGCAGGACUCGGAACUGUCAUGUAGCCGAAAGAAAAAGAUGGGAGCCUAGUUUGUGUGUCCAGUAUGUAUGAUAUGUAUGUAAGACGACAGAGACAUGCCGCUCAUUGUUCACCUCGAUGACGUCGCGGCAAAUGGAGUGAUUCAUAUAAACACAAUACACAAAGGAAUUUCACUGUAAAACGUGAUCCCGCAUCAGCGAUAUAUUGAUUAGACUCGUUUUUUUUUGUUUUGUUUUGUUUUUUGUAAUGGGAUGGGGAAAUCAACAAGACGCUCGUCAGUUUGUUAGCGAGGCUACAUCCUGUUUCAGGAAAGCUGAUGUUAAGACCUUAGGAAUAGGUCAAAAGGACCGUACAAAUUUAAGACUAUGGUGAUUUACACUGUGAACAGAUGUAUACAUUUCUUUAACAAGAGUGGAAAAUGUUAUGGUGCACCAUAUUUGUUGGUAGCAGGCUACUACCUGGUUCAAGAAUACUGACAUAAAGCCUAUAGCCAAAAAUCUCGAUCAAAAUUCUUGGGUGGUGAGAAAGUUUCUAUCUGGAUUUACACCGCAAAAAGAGAAAAUAAAUGUCGUUAAGAAACAUUAAAAGCAUAGCGCGCCAUACUUUAAAAUUUGCUAGUCAACAGGCUACUUAUUGUUCAAGACGAAUGAUGUCAUACUAGCAUUUCUCUGACUUUCUGGAACACGUUUCUGCUUUAGGAAUAGAAAAAAGGGACCUUACCAAUUUGGAUUUAUUUUGGGGAAGGGACUUCUAUUGUGAUAUACACUGUGGAAAGAGAAAUACAUUUCCGAACAAAAGUGAAAAUCAUUAUCAAAUGCCGUAUUUGUCUUUUGUUUGUUCAUUUUGUUUGGUAGUUAACAGGCAACUUCAAGAUGGCUGACAGAAGACUUUCGGCCGCAGGUGUCAAAGUCAAGGCUCGGGGGCCGGAUCUGGUCCGCCACCUCAUUUUAUGUGGCCCGCGGAAGCAAAUCAAGCAAGUCAAGUUCCAUGAUGCUUGCUAAAGUCUGAACCAAAUUUUCAAAUUGUCUUUGUAACCCACAAUAACAGUGAUUAUUUUUGACUUCUGAUUUUAAAACUAGUUAUCCAUCAAUGUGUUGUGUGCUGUGUAUGGAAAAUGUGGAGGUGAUUACACAUUUAUAUAAGGUUUCUCAAAAUUCAUAACGGCCCUCCAAUGUAAACCGUAACUACAAUGUGGCCUGUGACCAAAAUGAGUUUGACACCCCUGCUUUAGGGUUAGCCAAAAAUGACAACAAAUUCUAGGACAGGGAUCAUUUCUAUUGUGAGUCAAAUGUAAUGUUCGUGUAGCCAUCUGAUUUUUUUUUUUUUUUUACCUCGCAGGCUAUUUACCAUUUCGAAAAAGAUAACGUAAGACGUAAGAAUGGAGAACAAGGACUCAGGAAAUACAUUGCUUGAACAAAAGUGAAAAACAUCACACAACUCUACACAUUCUGGGGCGUCGAGAACAGUGCUGUUAGCUUUCAAAUGGCAAUGAAAACAUUGUGAAAGUCCACAUUUGUGUUUGUUUCUCCAUCAGUUUGCUCCGAAAACUACUUCCUGGUUUAGAAAGCAUGACGUAAGACCUGAAUAGAUCAAACCCAAUCACCCAUUUAAUAUUCUCUCCUCUGCCUCAAAGUGUGGGUGGGGGGGGGAAGAAAAUAAACUUUCUAAAUGUUUAACCAGACACAUACAAAACAUUUUUCAUCUGCAGUUUUGGAAAACAUUUUCAAUGCUAGAUCUUGCUUGAUAACAACUAACAAAAGGUUUUAGAAUGAGAAAAUUAAACGUUCAUGCAACGGAGAAGGAGAAAAGUACAAAGUAAUGAUGGCUACAAAUUCGACACAAUGGAACCUAUUUUGGCAGUGACGUCAUUUUUGUGCCAGCACAAGUCUAGCCUUGCGUGUUUGGGGCCGCGUUACGUCUGUCUGGGCGUGACUGUACAUGAAGCAGCCUCGCCCCCAACGCUCCUGCUAAUUUGGUGACAGAAAGUAGUCUGCAAUCAGCCUAAAAACGGGACAAUGGCCUAGUUCGGCGUGUUUGUGAAUCAACUAGAGCCACUACGAUUUCUGCCAUCACCCCCAGUGCAUCUUGUAAAAAGUAGAUUCAAUUUUAAAUGAAAAGUAGGUUUAUUUUGCAGAGCAGGUGGUGUUACCCGAUUUUGGUGUAUCAAAGAACAGGCUGAUUCGGCACUGCACGGAUGCCCGUGGUGGCCCUCAUGGUAUUUCAUUCAUGAUAUGACAUCAGCGUGAGAAUUAUAAUAAUCAUCCUUUUUUUAAUACAUUUUAAUAGCAGCCCAUCACAGUGGUCACAAACAGACGCAAGAUUGCGUUCAAGGCUAUCUCCAGUUUCCCACGCACAUACACAACCGACUACGUCAUCCGAAAAGGGAGAUAUUAUAGUGCACGUGUCAAUGUACAGCGAGUCUAAUCUGUUUCCGCAUGUCAAGCACGGCAAACUUGGCAGUGCGCUUCUGUUACCGCCCUGAUUUUCGUGUAAAUUAGGGAUGCAGCGAGGAUUGGCUGGGAAAACACCAAGUUCCAUCCCACAACGGCGCACAAAGGCGCAAACACUCAAUUACACUCGAAGUCCAGCAAAAUCCAAAACAAAAAAAACACUCCGCCCAUAUGCACAGUUCCACUGCGUUCUGCGCUCGCCUUGCACUCUGAACAAAAAUAGGGGCUCGGUUGAUGUUGCACUUGGAUACGCUAUCAUUAGUGACUACAAGACACGUGGCACAUGCAGACCUGUUUAUCAUUUCUCCUCAGUCCCUGACAUUUUGUUGACCAACUGUAUGAAGCGCUGUUGCAGAAGUGACUUGGUAUAGGCCAGAGGGUGGGUUGUAACAUUAAAAAUAAUUCAUUCAUCUUCCGAGCCGCUUGAUCCUCACUAGGGUCGCGGGGGGUGCUGGAGCCUAUGCCAGCUGUCUCCGGGCAGUAGGCGGGGGACACCCUGAAUCGGUUGCCAGCCAAUCGCAGGGCACACAGAGACGAACAACCAUCCACGCUCACACUCACACCUAGGGACAAUUUAGAGUGUUCAAUCAGCCUGCCAUGCAUAUUUUUUGGAAUGUGGGAGGAAACCGGAGCACCCGGAGAAAACCCACGCAGGCCCGGGGAGAACAUGCAAACUCCACACAGGGAGGCCGGAGCUGGAAUCGAACCCGGUACCUCUGCACUGUGAAGCCGACGUGCUAACCACUGGACUACCUACCGGGCCGCCCUAAAAAAAAAUAAUAAAAAAUAAUAAAAAAAUAAUUUUAAUUAAAAAAAAUUACAUUAAAUCAACCAUGACGUGACAUUUUGCCUCCUUUCACACUGACAACUAACAGAAGAAGUUUGCGCCACUGUCACUCGUCAAUCAGAACCAUGUUAGAGCUCGUUAUCAAUGUGAACUGAUUGUAUUUUAUCAAUGGACACCCUGUCUGGUAAUGAAACAGCUGCACCGUUGAAGUCGCACACUUUUGGGCAAUCGUAGUAAAAGCUGAUAAGCAGGAUUGCCGUUCAGGCUUCGAAAUGAGUUGUUGUGCAUCAGGCCUGCUCCGUUCUGUCCUCCGUGCAUAAACGGGUGUACAAAUAAGUCCUCCCUUGGCUUUGCUUGCCUGACGAAACUUGCGUAAUGUGCACUGAAUGAGUGACGUAAUCAUUAAUGAAUAGGCUUUAAGACACAGGAAAAUGUUUGCAACGACGUGUUUUGUUUUCCUUCCUCCUGCUUUGCCAUGUGCUGUUUUUACCAACACGACUCUUAUGUGUGCCUUCUGAUUGGUUGGAACCCUUUUUAUUUAAUUUCUUUUGUUCAUACUGUUUCAAUAAAUAAAUAAAAGCACA